UGUCCGCAAAUAAAAAAAAAACUUCUUGCUUUAAAACCAUGGUAUAUAACAAGAAAAUUGCGCCGCUGCUAACGAGCAGUCAAAACUUUCACCUCCAGAGCAUAGGUUCUGCAAAGAUGGCACUAAAGAUACAAUUUAUACUCUUAGCCGCUUUUGUCUUUGUCGCUUUGGCCAGCAACAGCGUACAUGCGGCUGACUCGUCCGAUUCUGAUGACGACAGCACAGACGCUGCAACAUAUACAUCCCCCGAUGAAUCCACCGAUGAAAACUCUUCAGACGGAAGUACAGACGAUCCAACAUAUACAUACUCCGAUGAAACCACCGAAACAUCGACAGAUGCUCCAGCUGCAGACGAUACCACUGAGAAUCCAGUAGAUGAAUCUACCGCAGACGACUCAUCUGAUGAUGACAGCAGUACGGACAGCACUACCGAAGCUGUGGUAGGAUCCAGCACAGGAACCCCUGUAAAAAGGAGAGUGGUUAGAAGGCGCAGACGCGUUACUGUUUCCCCAAGUGUCCGUAGAAGAAGAAGAACCACUCAGCGUAUUCGUAUUAGGAGGCGUACUACAACUAGAAGAACUACAGCUAGAAUAACCGUGGCACCUAACAGACCAGCUGCUGUGAGAACAACGAUCAGAAGAGCAGUCGUAACCCCCAGAACAACUAAGAGAGCAGCCGUAGCUCGCAGAACAACCAGGAGAAGAGUAGUAGUUCGAAGACAAGUAAGAAGAGGUUAGGGAGCGAAUGAUUCUAAAUAAAUAUUUGCAAUAAAAAAUAUUUUAUUUUUCUUUCGACAUUGAUUCGUAAGGAACUUGGAAAGUUCGCAAUUAGCAGAUUGAAUAUUUGAAUAUUUUGAUAUCAGGUUCAUUUCAAUCGUCAGAGUUUUGAAAAAUUAAAUUCAGUUACUUGAAACAAGACAAGGCAAGACAACAAGAAUUAAGAACAAAGACAAAAACUUAGACACAACUCUGCUAAAAGAUAUAUACAAACUUAUUACUCGGUUUCCGGGUCAUAGAGACGUAGUGUCUGGACCCGGUAAGAAGAAUAUACGUAAAAUAUUUAAGAGCAAUAAAGAUGAUUUGCUACAAGUUUGAAAAGACAAAUACAGAUGAGCUCCACAGCAAGGCAAGUUGAGCAUAAACAAAAUUUUGAGCCCCUAGAAGGAGGGGGACUACUAGACAGACGAUAACGACAAAUAAGAUAGUGAAAAUGAUAAUCACAAAGCUACAGAUGACGGAGUUAACGGCUUAGUACGUAGGCAUACUGUUUCAC